CUCCAAGAUGGCGGCGGCGGCCCGGGGCGUGUCGCGCGCUGCCGGCCCCGCCCGGCUCUUCCGGCCGCGCCGCGGCCGCGCCGAUGGCGGUGAAUUACGCGGCCGGGCUGUCGCCGUACUCGGACAAGGGCAAGUGCGGCCUCCCCGAGAUUUUUGACCCUCCGGAGGAGCUGGAGCGGAAGGUGCAGGAGCUGGCAGAGCUGAUCCGGAGCUCCUCCAAUGUGGUGUUUCACACAGGGGCAGGGAUCAGCACGGCCUCGGGGAUCCCUGACUUCAGGGGCCCCAAUGGUGUCUGGACCAUGGAAGAGAAAGGGCUGUCCCCAAAAUUCGACACCACCUUUGAGAACGCCAGGCCCUCCAAGACUCACAUGGCGCUGCUGGGGCUGCAGAGAGUGGGAAUCCUGAAAUUCCUGGUCAGCCAGAACGUGGACGGGCUGCACGUGCGGUCAGGAUUCCCACGGGACAAGCUGGCUGAGCUGCACGGGAACAUGUUUGUGGAAGAGUGUGUGAAGUGUGGGAAGCAGUACGUGCGUGAUGCUGUCGUGGGCAGCAUGGGGCUCAAGCCCACAGGACGCCUCUGCAGCGUCACCAAGGCCCGGGGGCUGAGGGCCUGCAGAGGGAAGUUACGAGACACUAUUCUGGACUGGGAGGAUUCCCUGCCUGACCGUGACCUGACACUGGCAGAUGAAGCCUGCAGGAAAGCCGAUCUCUCUGUCACCCUGGGGACCUCUCUGCAGAUCAAACCCAGCGGGAACCUCCCACUCAUCACCAAGAAGAGAGGAGGGAAGUUGGUCAUUGUCAACCUCCAAGCAACCAAACACGACCGCCAGGCCGACCUGCGCAUCCACGGCUACGUCGAUGAGGUGAUGACCAAGCUGAUGAAGCACCUGGGGCUGGAGGUGCCCGAGUGGACGGGGCCGGUGGUGGUGGAGAGGGCUGAGGUGGCCAAGGCUGAGGUGGCCCAGGCCCAGCAGCUGCAGUGUCCCCUGAAGGAGGAGCCCCAGGCCCAGCAGCUGCAGUGCCCCCUGAAGGAGGAGCCCCAGGCCCAGCAGCUGCAGUGCCCCCUGAAGGAGGAGCCCCAGGCCCAGCAGCUGCAGUGCCCCCUGAAGGAGGAGCCCCAGGCCCAGCACAAUGGCUCGGUGCUGCCGGUGCCGUGUGCCGGGCAGGCGCCGCGGCAGCGCCGGGACGGGCUCAGGCUGGAGUGUCCCAGCCCCGACACGGGGCCAACACCGGUGAAGAAGAUGAAGGUGGAGCCUCUCCUCACCUGACCUGGACUGUCCCUGUCUCACCUGGGCUGCUUUUCCUACCGACUUUUUUUUAUACCCUUAAAUAUUGUCCCUUUUUUUAUGUCAGUAUUAAAUAUACUUGAAUUGUG